GAAAUUGAGCUCUGUGCAUAAUUUGUGGGUUUAUCCGGAGCGGAGGUCAACCAGUCUUAUUUUGCUUCUCCCAUCUGUCCUCUCGUCUUUCCUCUCCAAGCAUCUCGUGGUGAAGAUAUACACCCAAGACGUUUCCGGGACCUGGUCGCAACUUAAUUGAUAUAUAACAUUUGCUUCCUCCCGUUUCCCUGACUCUGUACGUCUGUAUCAAGACGUGCACUGUUCAGUUCAAGCUCUCACGCGCUUCACUUCUGCCUUCUCUACCCCCUCACGCUACCACCGCCAAGAUGGGUUACCUCUACUACCUCUUCCACCCUUACCAGCUUCGAUCGAUCAUUCAAUGGAAGGUCUGGCAUGAUCCCGUCCACCAGCGCGAUCCCAGCACAGAGUCCCCAGAGCUAAAAGAAUGCUUUCGUUACCUCGACAUGACAAGUCGCAGUUUUGCGGCUGUCAUUCAAGAGCUUAACCACGAACUCCUCGUCCCCAUCACUCUCUUCUACCUCUGCCUCCGUGGCCUAGACACCAUCGAGGAUGACAUGACCAUCCCCCUGGAUAAGAAGGUUCCCCUUCUUAGAAACUUCCACAUCACCAUGGAAGAAGAUGGUUGGCAAUUCCAUGAGAGUCAGGAGAAGGAUAAGGAGCUGCUGGAGCACUUCGAUGUGGUCGUUGCAGAGCUCAAGAAGAUCAAGGCCCCCUACUACCAGAUCAUCAAGGAAAUGACUCGCAAGAUGGGCAAUGGCAUGGCUGACUAUGCCCAAAACGAGGAGAUGAUCAAGAACGGUGUGCAGACUAUUGAGGAGUACGAGCUGUACUGCCAUUACGUCGCUGGUCUCGUUGGCGAAGGCCUCACGCGUCUGUUUGUUGAGUCAGAGCUGGCUAACCCCAAGCUUGCUGAGCGUCCUUCUCUUACCGAGUCAAUGGCCCAAUUCCUCCAGAAGACCAACAUCAUUCGAGAUAUCCAUGAAGAUUGGCAAGAUGGCCGAAGAUGGUAUCCCAAGGAGAUCUGGAGCCAGCACGUCGAGAAGUGGGAAGAUAUGUUCGACCCCAGCCAGCAAACAAAGGCCCUAGAGUGUGUCUCAGCGAUGGUUCUCGAUGCGCUGAAGCACAGUGAGGAGUGUCUGUUCUACAUGGCGGGCAUCAAGGACCAGAGUGUUUUCAACUUUGUUGCUAUUCCUCAAGGCAUGGCCAUUGCGACAUUGGAGCUUGUCUUCCGCAACCCUGAGGUUCUCAAGAGGAACGUCAAGAUCACAAAGGGUGAUGCCUGCAAGAUCAUGUUCGAGUGCACACAAAACCUCUACACAGUAUGUGAGGUCUUCAAGCGAUAUGCCCGACAAAUCGCCAAGAAGAACGACCCUCGUGACCCCAACUUCCUUGCCAUCAGUGCUCAAUGUGCAAAGAUUGAGCAAUUCAUCGAGACUCUCUUCCCCAAGCAGGACCCCAAGAAGCUCGCUGUGACUCAGGCCCAGGUCCAAAACAAGGAGCCAACUAUGGACGGAGGCGAGACUCUUGUUCUCUUUGGUGUUGUCAUUGCAGCUCUGGUCUGCAUUUCUGGUCUUAUGGUACGCCAGCCCCAUACUCUCAAGGCCGUACUCAACUAACACCCGAUCCACAGAUCGGUACCGCUUGGAUCUUCGGAGCCAGAUUCGAUACUAUCUUUAGGGAAGCCAGCGUCUUCCUACCAGGUGGCGAGAAGGCUACCCCCAUGAUCACGGGUCACGAAGAAUUGUAAUAUUAUGCGCGCCGAUUUGUUUUGCUUUGUUCACGGCACGAACCUUUUUAACGAUAUCCUAACGUACAUACCACAUUUAGCAAUGGUCCUCAUAUGGCUGGACCUGCUCGGCGGCAUAUUGCUGGGCUUUAUACUCUUGUUAAUACUACCUGCAGCGGCGCGAUACAGCGCGCGUUGCAGUUCAAGUUUCGUCCCCCGUUCACCCACUGGUGAUGUCUCUUGUCUUGAUACCCAACUCAACUCCUGCACGGAUGUCAAAUUGCAAUCGAGUCCUUCCAUGACUAUGAUUGUGCCGAAGAAGUGCGAAAAUUAAAUAUCUCUUGCUCUUGGUUUCCGCCUCACGGCGACGUCACGCCACAAGUCUAUCUCGACAUCUUGAGGAUGACAGACUGGUGGCGGCGGGCAAACAUUUCAUCCUUGUAAAAAUUAGUUCAUCUCUGAUUCGACCCGUGUUUGGCGAUACUUUCUCCUUUGGGACGUGCUAUUACUAGUAAGGCAUGAAAUGCGUCUGGGCAAGGUUUCACCUUUGAUGCUGUUGGUGCGAUAUGCUGUUACACUACCGGCGGGACAUGCCUUAGCCGAUCUUUUGUCGAUGGACGUGCCCAUCAUUCAGGGGGUUUGGUUACAUCGUCCUGCUCUGUUUUAAGGCAUCAAGAUGCAGGCUAACAAGAUGAUGGCAGAAACUUUGGCCUUUGAUCUUGAGAAAACGCUUAGAUAAGUUUAGAAUGAUGAUAUAAUAAAAUGUCCUAGAUUAUGGUUAAUUAUUAUCAGCCUAGCAGGUUCUUGUACUAGUUGGAUUCGGC